CUUAACCACGGGACUACUACUGCAAAGGGGGGCUGAACAGCGGAGCGGGGCUGCUGGAAGACUGAAGAUAACAUCACAGGACUGCUGGAUUCCGUGUUUUCCUGGAGCUGUGUAGCAGCACAAGGUUGGACCAUCAACAAGAAAAACUGGAGCUCCAUUCCCUGGCCGCCAUGAUCACAGUUCCAGCAUCUUGCAGGCUCUUGGGUCAGUGUUGGUCAGGGCGCUGCGUGUGCAGUCAGGGUCAGUGCAGUUUGACUUUAAACAAGAGAUGGUUCUAGCCGUGGGCGAAACGUUCUCCAAUGGUUCACCAUCGGACACAGGGGGCACUGGAGAGGGGGCUGCACAGCCUGCCGAGGGGGCGGAUUCCUCCAGAGCUAUGCAGCAAGUGUUGGAGAACCUGGGGGAGCUGCCCACCUCCACCGGGGCCAAAGACAUUGAUCUGAUCUUCCUUAAAGGCAUAAUGGAGAGCCCCAUUGUUCGCUCUCUUGCCAAGGCUCACGAGCGUUUGGAAGAUGUGAAGCUGGAGGCAGUGCAAGAGAAUAAUGUGGAGCUGGUGAGUGAGAUUUUGGGGGACAUCCGUGGGCUGAGCGUGCGAGACGACAGCGCUGCAGAACUCUCCAGAAUCCUCCAAGAGCCUCACUUUCAGUCUCUCUUGGAGGCCCAUGACAUGGUGGCAUCUAAAUGCUAUGAGGCUCCGCCCCCUUUAGAGAUGGCCAACGAUGCUGCAGUCAACAACGCCCUCAUGCAGGCAGACGCUGUUAGAAUGAUCGGCAUCCGAAAGAAAGCGGGAGAGCCUCUAGGUGUUACGUUCCGGGUGGAGAAAGAUGACCUGGUGAUUGCUCGGAUUCUGCAUGGAGGGAUGAUUGACAGGCAGGGGCUGCUGCAUGUGGGUGACAUCAUCAAGGAAGUGAAUGGGAAGGAAGUGGGCAACAACCCCACAGAGCUGCAGGACAUGCUGAAGGAAUGCAGUGGAGGAAUCACCCUCAAAAUACUGCCCAGCUACAGAGAUGCUCCAUCCCCUCCACAGGUUUAUGUGCAGCCACACUUUGACUACAAUCCAGCCAGUGACAAUCUAAUCCCCUGCAAAGAGGCAGGGCUUGCCUUCAAAAGGGGGGACAUUCUCCAGAUAGUGAACAGAGAGGACCCAAAUUGGUGGCAGGCAUGUCACAUGGUGGGAGGAGCUACAGGACUCAUUCCCAGUCAGUUUUUGGAAGAGAAGAGGAAAGCUUUUGUUCCAAAGGACUUUGAUGGAACAGGAAUCUUGUGUGGAACAGUGAGUGGUAAAAAAAAGAAAAAGAUGAUGUACCUCACUGCUAAGAACGCAGAGUUUGACCGGCAUGAGCUGCAGAUUUAUGAGGAGGUGGCAUGUAUGCCCCCAUUCCAGAGGAAAACGCUGAUUCUCAUUGGAGCCCAGGGAGUGGGCCGCCGCAGCCUGAAGAACCGACUGAUGGUGCUGCAUCCCACACGCUAUGGAACCACAGUACCAUUGACAUCUCGGAGGCCAAGGGAGGACGAGCGCGAUGGUCAAACUUAUCAGUUUGUGACGCGUCUGGAGAUGGAGAUGGACAUCAAGGCCGGACGUUUCUUGGAACACGGCGAGUAUGACGGCAACCUGUAUGGCACCAAGAUCGAGUCCAUACAUGAGGUGGUCAACACCGGCCGCACCUGCAUCCUGGAUGUCAACCCUCAGGCUCUGAAAGUGCUGAAAACUGCAGAGUUUAUGCCAUAUGUCGUGUUCAUCGCAGCUCCUGAAUUCGAAACACUGAAAGCCAUGCACAAAGCUGUCGUCGAUGCUGGAAUCACCACCAAACAGCUCACGGACGUGGACCUGAAGAAGACGGUGGAUGAAAGCUCUCGUAUCCAGCGCGCAUACAGACACUAUUUUGACCUCACCAUCGUCAACGACAACUUAGAUGCUGCUUUUGAAAAGCUGCAGGCUGCUUUAGACAAGCUGUGUAUGGAACCACAGUGGGUCCCUGUCAACUGGGUAUACUGA